AUGACCCCAGGUGAGCCGGGUGGAGGAGGGGGCCUGGUGAGGCUCCCCUGUGCUGAGAAGCCUGGGACCCCUCCAUGUGCAGGGCUGCCCAGGGGGCCACGACUGCUGGGACCGUGUCCUUCCCCAGCCCCGGGUCCAGGCCACCCCGCCCUACAGCCUGGGAGUGCUCAGGUCAAGGGGGAGACACAGGCGGACGGGCACAGCUGUCCCGCAGCUGCUGGGCCCGCAGUGGGUCGCCGUUUCACCUGCUGCCCUGUCCCCGUCGGCCCUACAGGAAGGACAGGCAGAGGGACCAGCCCUGUGCUCAGGCCGCCAACUGGGGUGGGUGGAGCAGGUGCAGCCCCGUGCUGUCCCCAAGGCUCCCCAGAAACCACAAGGCCUCCAGUCAGAGACGCGGGGCAGGAUGGAGCCAGCAGUGCCGUCAGGGGCUUCAGUGUAGCCCCUCCCAGCCGCCCGCCUCCCCCCACCCCCUCAGAGCACUGCGCUGAGCCUCACCUGCGGCCUCCCUCUCCCAGGUCCGCGUCCAGACCAAAGGCAAAGUCGGGGCUGAGCAGGACACAGUGGAGGCCUGGGAUGCCCGCACGGUCGAGUCUCCGGAGAAGGACAACCAGCUCAUCUGGCUGCUCAUGGCACCCAAGCUCAUGGCCACCAGCGAGGAGCAGCAAGGUGCCAAAGCCCCGGCAGAGAAGGAGGAUGCCCUGGGCCGCGUCCUGGGCCCGAGGGAGGGUCCUGAGCCCGACCGGGACAGCCUGUUCCACGAUGGGCCCGAGGAGGCCCUGGAGGAGGCAAGGCCCUGGGCUCGGGUGCUGCCCCCUUGCCAGGUGCUUCACGGACCUGAGGAGGACCGAGACCACAUCUACCACCCCAGGGAGCCCUGA